GGUAACCUUGAAGAAACUUUAGCGAGCAUCAAACUUAGCAAAGAUAUCAUGCCAAAAGAGGCAGACAAAAUAAAUCAUGGACCAACAUUAGUGAUUCAUGGUGAGGCACUUUUAGCCGGGCAUGAGAUAUUGAAAAAAGGGGGAAGUUCCAUUGAUGCCGUUGAGGCAUCCGUCAGAGUUAUGGAGGAUUGCCCAUUUUUCAAUGCCGGUAAAGGAUCAGUAUUUACUAUAGGCGGCAAGAAUGAACUAGAGGCGUCAAUUAUGCUUGGAAUUGACUCCCACACAGCUGGUGCAUGUACAUUACUGAGUACAGUCAAAAACCCAAUAACUCUAGCCAAAACUCUACUUCAAGACCCUGAGAAUCCACAUGUAUUCCUUGGAGGAAUUGAGGCAGAAAAAUACGCGAAAUCAAAAGGAUUAGAAAUGGUAGAUCCGGGUUAUUUUUGGACAAAGAUGAGAUGGAAGCAACAUUUAGAUGGAUUAGAAGAGAAGAAACCUGAGAACUUGAGAAUGCUAAAUGAUCUCGAUGCUGGUGAUUCACGUGAUGCAGCUGAUCCAAAUCCGAUGGGAACAGUUGGAGCUGUUGCGAUUGAUAUAAAUGGGAUCAUUUCGACGGCCACAUCUACAGGUGGAUUUAAUAAUAAAAAAGAUGGUCGUAUCGGUGAUACACCGUUAAUAGCGUGUGGAACUUGGGCUGAUAAUGAAACAUGUGGUGUCAGUGGUACUGGAAAUGGCGAGUUUUUCAUUCGUUAUAGUGUUGCUUAUGAUGUGGCAGCGCGAAUGAAAUAUCUUGAAGAAAGUGUGCAAGAUGCGGCUUCGUACGUUAUUAACCAUUUAGAAAAAGUUGGUGGCAUUGGCGGACUCAUCGCAUUGGACAAAUAUGGAAAUUUUGCUAUGCCUUUCAAUACCGAUGGAAUGUUCAGAGGAUAUAUUCGCGUUUCUGAAGCUGUUCCGUAUGCUUAUAUAUUCAAUGAUGAAUGA